AUGUUAUUAUUACCAUUAUUGUACUUUAUUUUUGGUACAACAGUCCUCUGUUAUAGAUUGAGACCCCCAUGCAAUUCAACAAUUACAAUUAAUACAACUCAUCCAGUUUGUCAUAAAUAUAAAAAUUCAACCAAAUGUAAUUUGGUUGCAAAAAAAUAUGAAAAAAGAGAUGAUAAAAUAGCAAAGAUUUAUACAACAAAAAAUGAUCAAAUUCCCUUUUCAUAUAUUGUUUAUGUCAAAAAUGAUACUUCAAAAGUUGAUUUUGAUUCUCAUCUUAAUUGGGUUGACUUUAGAAGUAAUAAAGAUUUAGGUAAAUUAAGAAACAUAAAAGAAAAAACAUCAUAUUUAAAAGCUUCGUCGGAAGAUAAAAUUGGUGUCACUGAUCACUUCAAAAUUGGUCAUGUAUUAGGAUAUACUGGAUACUUCUUAGAUACAACCAUUGAAGCAAUCAGAAAAAGUUCAAUUGUUGAUUUUAUUGAAAGAAAUUCAUUGUUGUCUGUUGAUACAAAAAAUGUUUCAGUUUCUUCACCAACUAUUCAAUAUAAUGCACCAUGGGGUUUGGCAAGAAUCUCACAUAGAGAACCAUUAUCAAUUGAUACAUUUGAUCAAUAUUUAUAUGAUAGUGAUGGUGGUAAAGGUGUUAUUUCAUAUGUUAUUGAUACUGGAAUUUAUAUAGAAAAUAUUCAAUUUUCAGGAAGAGCUAGAUGGGGUAUUACAAUUCCCAAAAAUACUAAAUCUGAAGAUGGACUGGGACAUGGCAUACAUGUAAGUGGUACAAUAGGUUCAGACUUAUAUGGUGUUGCUAAAAAUGUUGAAUUAGUAGCAGUUAAAGUUUUGAAUAGAUUUGGUGUUGGUUCUGUUGCAAACAUUAUUAAAGGUCUUGAAUAUGUGGUUAAUGAACAUAAAAAAUCAGUUGCAAAAAAUGAUCCAAAUUUUAAAGGUUCAACUGCAAAUUUAUCAUUAGGUGGUGGACUUUCAAAUGCAUUGAAUGCCGCAAUAGAUGCCGCAUCAGAUGAAGGUAUAUUUAUUGCAAAAGCAGCAGGAAAUAGUAAUGCUAAUGCAUGUAAUUCUUCACCAGCAAGUGCUAAAAAAGGAAUAUCAGUUGGUGCUUCAACAAUAGCAGAGGAUAUGGCAAGUUUUUCAAACUUUGGUAAAUGUGUUGAUAUUUUUGCUCCUGGUUUAAAUAUUUUAUCUACAUAUAUUGGUUCAAAUAAUGCUAGUGCAUAUUUAUCAGGAACUUCAAUGGCUGCUCCUCACAUUAAUGGAUUACAAGCUUAUUUCUUAUCAUUACAACCUGAAACAACAUCUGAAUUCAGUGGUGCUCCAGUUACUCCAGAUCAAUUGAAAAAAAGAAUUAUUGCAUUUGGAACUCAUGAUGCUUUAAAUUUGAUACCUAAAGAUACUCCAAAUGUCUUAGGAUAUAAUGGAGCUGGUAGAGAUUUAUCCAAUUUCUGGAAUCUUUAA